UCAGUUUAUAAAUGUUUGAACAAUAAAGGACAAAGAACAAAAUGAGCUGGGCUGUAGAAGAAUGGAAAGAAGGCCUGCCUACAAGGGCUCUUCAGAAAAUUCAAGAGCUUGAAGGGCAGCUGGACAAACUGAAGAAAGAGAGGCAGCAAAGGCAGUUUCAGCUUGACACUCUGGAGGCCGCACUGCAGAAGCAAAAACAGAAGGUUGAAAAUGAAAAACUGGAGGGCGCUAACCUGAAGAGGGAGAACCAGAGCUUGGUGGAAACGUGUGAGAAUCUGGAGAAAACGAGGCAGAAGAUCUCUCACGAGCUUCAGGUCAAAGAGUCCCAGGUGAAUUUCCAGGAGGGACAGCUGAACUCAAGCAAAAAGCAAAUUGAAAAACUGGAGCAGGAACUUAAAAGGUGUAAAUCUGAACUUGAAAGAAGCCAGCAAUCGGCACUGCCUGCAGACGUCUCUCUGAAUCCAGGCAGUACACCCCAGAAAAUUUUUCCAACUCCACUCACACCAAGUCAAUAUUAUAGUGGUUCCAGGUAUGAAGACCUAAAAGAAAAAUAUAAUAAAGAAGUUGAAGAACGAAAAAGAUUAGAGGCAGAGGUUAAAGCAUUGCAGGCUAAAAAAGCAAGCCCCGGUGUUCCCCAAAGCACCAUGAAUCACCGAGAGAUUGCUCGGCAUCAGGCUUCCUCGUCUGUGUUCUCGUGGCAACAAGAGAAGACCCCAAGUCGUCUUUCAUCUAGUGCCCGGAAAACACGCAACAGGAGAGAUUUCCCUGCAUCUCACCUUGCCGGGGAGCAAGACGUGACUCCAAGUAGAUCAACUUUGCAGAUAGGGAACAAAGACACAAAUAGCAGCUUCUGUGAUUCUAGCAAUUUUCAUCUUCUGGAUCAACUAAAAACCCAGAAUCAAGAGCUAAGAAGCCGGAUUAGUGAAUUGGAACUACAGCUGCAAGGACAAGAGAAAGAACUGAAAAGCCAAGUGAAUAAAUUUCAAGAGCUCCAACUCCAGAUGGAGACAGCAAAAGUGGAAUUAAUUGAAAAAGAGAAAGUUUUGAACAAAAACAGCGAUGAGCUGGUGAGAACAGCAGCACAAUAUGAUCAGGCUUCAGUUCAGUGUACUGCAUUGGAACACAAACUGAAAAAACUGACUGAAGAUUUGAGUUGUCAGCGACAAAAUGCAGAAAGUACCAGAUAUUCCCUGGAGCAGAAGAUGAAGGAAAGAGAGAAGGAGUUUCAGCAGGAACUCUCCCGUCAACAGCAGUGUUUCCAGACCCUGGACCGAGAGUGCACUCAGGCAAAAGCUAAGCUCACCCAGGAGCUGCAGCAAGUCAAGAACACUCACAGCAUCCUCCAGGCCGAGCUGGAUAAAGUCACAUCGGUAAAGCAACAUCUAGAAAAAAAUUUGGAAGAGUUUAAGCAAAAGUUCUGCAGAACCGAACAGGCAUUACAGGAAAUGAAGAAAGAAAACAAUCUCCUCAAGAGUCAGUCUGAGCAAAGGGCCAGAGAAGUCGGCCACCUGGAGGAAGAGCUCCAGAAGGCCAGGCAGUGUUUAAAUCAGAGCCAGAAGUUUGCGGACGAAAUGAGAGUUAAGAAUACUUCUCAGGAAACAGCGUUAAGAGAUCUUCAAGAAAAGAUAAACCAGCAAGAAAAUGCCUUGACUUUAGAGAAACUGAAGCUUGCCUUGGCUGAUCUGGAAAAGCAGCGAGAUUGUUCUCAAGACCUUUUGAAGAAAAGGGAACAUCACAUUGAACAACUGAAUGAAAAGUUAAGCAGAACAGAGAAAGAGUCUCAGGCUUUACUGAGUGCUUUGGAGUUAAAAGCGAAAGAAUAUGAAGAAUUGAAGGAAGAGAAAACCCUGUUGACUCGUUGGAAAAGUGAAAAAGAACAACUUGUAAAUCAGAUGGAAGCAGAAAAGGAGACGUUGCAGUGUAAAAUUCAUCACUUGGAAACUUGUCUCAAGACUCAGCAAGUCAAAAGUCAGGAAUACAACGAGAGGGUGCAAACAAUGGAAAUGGAAAGAGAAAAUCUAAAUGCUGAGAUCAGAAACCUUCACAAUACGAUCGACAGCAGGAGUGUGGAGAUCGAGGCCCAGAAGCGAGCUUACACAGAGCUACAGCAGAAAGCCGAGCUCUCAGAUCAGAAACACAAGAAGGAAAUAGAAAAUAUGUGUUUAAAAGCGUCUCAGCUUACUGGGCAAGUUGACGAGCUAGAACACAAGCUCCAGUUACUGUCGAAUGAAGUGAGGGAGAAAGACCAACAUUACCGAGACUUGCAUGCUGAAUACGAGAGCCUCAGAGAUCUGUUAAAAUCUAAAGAUUCUUCUCCCGAGAUGAAAGAGGAUCAUCAUACAAGCCUUUUGGCUUCUGAACAGCAGCCUGCAAGGAAUAAUUCCUUUGCAAAGAUAAGCGGAGAACAAGGAAGCAUGCCUUUAGAAAGGAGCGAAUGCCGGUCAGCAGCCGACCAAAGUCCCCCAGACUCAGCCGUUUUACAAAACAGAGUCAUUUCACUUGAGUUUUCAUUAGAGUCUCAAAAGCAGGUGAACUCAGAUCUGCAGAAGCAGUGUGAAGAGUUGGUGCAAAUCAAAGGAGAAAUAGAAGAAAAUCUCAUUAGAGCAGAACAGAUGCAUCACAGUUUUGUGGCCGAGACUAAUCAACGCAUUAAUAAGUUACAGGAAGACACUUCUGUUCAUCAAAAUGUUGUUGCUGAAACUUUAGUUGCCCUUGAGAACAAGGAAAGAGAGCUGCAACUUUUGAGUGAAAAAUUAGAAACUCAGCAAGCAGAGUAUCAGGAAUUAAAAAAGAGCAACGGUCUCCUUGAAGACUCUCUGAAGGAGCUACAACUUUUGUCUGAAACUCUGAGCUCAGAGAAGAAGGAAAUGAAUUCCAUCAUUUCUCUAAGUAAGCAAGAAAUUGAAGCGCUGACCCAAGAGAACAGGAUUCUCAAGGAAGUGAAUGCUACCUUAAAUCAAGAGAAAAUGCACUUACUGCAGAAAAGUGAGAGUUUUUCCAGCUGCCUAGAUGAAAGAGAGAAAAGCAUCUCAGAGUUAUCUGAGCAAUACAAGCAAGAAAAACUUAUUUUACUGCAAAGAUGUGAAGAAACAGGAAAUGCGUUUGAGAGUCUUAGGGAAAACUACGAAACUGUGCAAGAGAGGAACUCUAGAUUAGAAUGCUUGCUAAAUGAAUGCACUAGUCUUUGUGAAAAUAGAAAAAAAGAGUUGGAACAGCUAAAGGAGACCUUUGCAAGGGAACACCAAGCGCUUUUAACAAAAUUAGCCUCGGCCGAAGAAAGAAACCAGAGCCUAGUGCUAGAGGUGGGGACCGUGCAGCGUGAGCUGAGAUCUGAGAUUACAGACAUCCAAGACAACGCCAAGGGCGAGGCUGAUGGUUUAAGGCAAGAAAUCUCAGCUUUGAAGGAAGACCAAAAUAGAAGGCAAAAGGAGGUUCAUGCCUUACUAGAAGAGAACAAGCGCCUGAUGGAGUUAACGAAGUCUAUGCCUGGGCACCAGGAUCUAGAAUUGGGACCAAUUAGCGACUCUGUGAAAGAAAGACAGUGUGAGAUAAAUAAAUGUAACGCCGAACGUCAGAUGGAGCUUGAUGUUGAAGACACUUCCCUAGACACUUAUAAUGCUCAGUUAGUACAGUUAGAAGCUGUGGUAAGAAAUAUGGAAUUAAAACUUGAGGAGAGAGAGAAGGAGAAGGCGUACCUGCAGCAAGAAUUACGCAGGAUCAGAGGAGAGCUAGAAACUGGGAAUCUGCAACAAGAUACUCAGUCCCAGGAGAUUGCUGGCCUUAAAGACUGUGAAGUAGGUGCAGAGGAAAAGUAUCUUUCAGUGCCUCGUGAGAUGUCGACAAGUCAGAGUGACACCGUGCGCCUGCAGUGCUGUCUGCAAGCAGUAAUGACAAAGCUGAACGAGCUAGAGAAAACGUGUGAGAUACUGCAGGCUGAAAAGCACCAACUAUCAUCCGAGCUGAACGACUCCAGAUUGGAAUGUAUCACAGCAACAAGCAAACUGGCAGGAGAGGUGGAGAAACUGGUAAACGAAGUUAAAAUAUUAAACGAUGAAAAUGGUCUUCACCCGGGUGAGUUAGUGAAACCAGUGCCAGAAGGUGAAUUGGGUGAACAACAGAAUGGGUCCCUGAGUCCUUUGGAUGACAGUAAUGUCUAUGAGCACUUGACAUUGUCAAACAAAGAAGUUCAAACGCACUUUGCUGAGUUACAGGAGAAAUUCUCAUCUUUGCAAAGUGAACACAAAAUCUUACACGAUCAGCGCUGUCAGAUGAGCUCAAAGAUGUCAGCUCUACAGUCCUACGUGGACACUUUAAAGGCGGAAAAUUCGGUCUUGUCAAUGAAUCUGAGGAACUUUCAAGAUGACCUGGUGAAGGAGGUGACGCUGGGACCCGAGGAGGGCAGUAUUCUGUCACUGUCCUUCUCUUGUGUGACCGACAGCCCCAUUCUUAAAAGUUUUGGAGAAUCCUCGUUUUGCAAAGAUCUCUUGGAACAGACAGGAGAAAUCUCUCUCUUGAAUAAUCUGGAAGAGAAUAUUUCGGCGAACCAGCCUGAUGCGGCUGAAGUGUCCUGCAGCAGUCUGGAGGAGGAGGCUCGGGCCGAGAGAGGAAUUCCGUCUCGCCCGGUGAGGGGCACUGAAGAGCCGGAGGCCCUCUGUCAGAAGUGCCUGCGGUCUCUCAAGAAGCUGGGGGGGGACAUGGAAAGCCAGCGGAUUAUGAAAAACAAGGAAAUCCAAGAGCUUGAGCGGUUACUAAGCUCUGAAAGGGAAGAGCUUGAGUGCCUUAGAAAGCAGCAUUUGUCGGAAAACGAACAGUGGCAACAGAAGCUGACAAGUGUGACUGUGGAGAUGGAGUCCAAGCUGGCGGCAGAAAAGAAACAGACCGCACACCUGUCGCUCGAGCUGGAAGUUGCACGGCUCCAGCUCCAAGGUCUCGACCUAAGUUCACGGUCUCUGCUGGGCGCUGGCAUAGAAGAUGCUAUUCGGGGUGGAAAUGAGAGCUGUAACAUAAAAGAAUCAGAAGAGUAUACCCCAAAAGCUAAAGGAAGAACACCGAAACAUGACAUUCGUCAGAUUUGUGAAGAUGUUCAGCAGGACCUCAGCCUAGAGAUUGAGAAAAUAGCAGAGACUGAUGCGGUCAGUCAGACAGGGCAACAGUUUGGGAUGCCGUCCUCGGACACCGGUUCUGAGACUCCACUGGGAGAUGAAGCUCAGGGCUGGUCAGAGUGCGUUUCUGAAUUGUCUUUUUCUGAUCCUCAUGCUUUGGUACCUAUGGAUUUCCUGGAGACUCAGGUAACCAUUCAGAAUCUCCAAGUGCAGGUGAAAGAGACAUCAAAUGAGAAUUUGAGAUUACUUCAUGUCAUAGUGGAACGUGAGAGAAAACUGGAAACUUUGCUAAAUGAAGUAAAAGAGUUAGACUCAGAAGUCGGUCUGCAGAAAGUACGACUAACCACCAAGACUGAAGCAUGCAUAGAAUUGGAAAAAACAGUUGAGGAACUUAAGGAAGAAAUAUCAGAUUUAAGUGAAAAAUUGAGAUUCUUCUCCUCUGAUAACCCGGAGGUAUACCGGAAAGUAAAGACUUUGGAAGACCUCAAUUCUAAUUUAGAAACAACAGAUAAAUUGCCAGAUGAAGUUACGGAAGAUGACGUAGCCAUGGUGAAUGACAGCUGGAAAGAGAAAUUUCUCAAGGUAGAAAAUGAGCUGGAGAGAAUCAAAUCUGAGAAUGCUAGCAUGGAGCACCACAUCCUGUCCAUGGAAGCUAACUUAGAGACAGUUCAGACAGAGAAGCUGUAUUUAGAAAAAGACAAUGAAAGUAAACAGAAAGUUAUAACCUGUCUUGAAGAACAACUCGCUGAGGUCACAACUGAGAGAAACCAGCUUCGUGGAGAAUUAGGUACUAUGUCGAGAGAAAACAAAGAGCUGAGUCAGAUGUCUGAAAGGAUGAAGGAAAAACUGCAACAGCUCGAGUGUCAUCAUGACGAGUGUCUACGUCACAUUCAAGUUGUGGAGGCGGAAGUGAAGGAGAAAAGAGAGCUCCUUCAGACUUUGUCCUCCGAUGCAAACGGGCGGUUGAAGGAGAAGGCUCAUCUCCAGGAGCAGCUGCAGAAUCUGCAAAAGGAUUCACAGGCACUGUCUUUGGUGAAAGGUGAGCUGGAAAACCAAAUUGGACAACUGAAUAAAGAAAGAGACUUGCUCGUGAGGGACUUAGAAAGCCUGCAGAACAAACUGAGCGAGUCCGAAGAGGGAAAGGCGGCGCACUCCCAGGCCUUGGAGGCGGCACUAGUGGAGAAAGGUGAGAUUGCAGUGAGGCUGAGCUCCACACAAGAGGAGGUGCGCCAGCUGAGAAACGGCAUCGAGAAACUGAAGGUCCGCAUUGAGGCUGAUGAGAAGAAGCAGCUCCACGUCUUAGAAAAACUGAAAGAAAGUGAGCGUCAUUCUGAUGCGCUUAAGGAUAAAGUUGAGAGUCUUGAAAGGGAGUUGCAGGUGUCAGAAGAAAACCAAGAGCUUGUUAUUCUUGAUGCUGAGAAUUCCAAAGCAGAAGUGGAAACUCUCAAAGAAAAAGUAGAAGAGAUGGCAGAAACGCUGAAAGGUUUAGAAUUAGACCUCGUCGCGGUGAGGUCUGAAAAAGAACAUCUGAUGGAACAAUUACGAGAAAAACAAAGUCAAGUGUUGGAAUUAGAGCCCUUACUUUCUUCAUUGAAGAGCCUGAUAGAAGAAAAGGAGCAAGAGAAAAUACAAAUGAAAGAAGAAUCUAAAACUGCAGUGGAGUUGCUUCAGACACAACUGAAGGAGCUAAAUAUGGAAAUAGCAGCCUUGUGUGAUGACCAACAGCCCUCUGUGGCCAAAGAAGAGAAAGAGAGUCUGGGCUCACCAGCGGAGGAAAUACGUCAGCUGAGACAUAGCAUUGAAAAGCUCAGAGUCCGCAUCGCAGAAGAUGAAAAGAAGCAGCUUCAUGUCUUAGAAAAACUGCAGGAAAGUGAGCAAAAUGCAGAUUUGCUUAAGGAUAGAGUAGACAACCUCGACAGAGAACUCGAGGUUGCAGGAAAAAACCAAGAGCUUGUCAUUCUUGAUGCUGAGAAUUCCAAAGCGGAGGCAGAGACUCUCAGAAUAAAAAUGGAAGAACUGGCCCAGAACCUGAGAGAUCUGGAAUUAGAGCUUGCCAAUAUAAAGUCAGAAAAAGAAAGUCUGACGAAAGAGUUACAAACCGAGCAAGGGCGAGUGUCUGAGUUAGAAAUACUGAAUUCUUCAUUUGAAAAUCUGCUGCAAGAAAAAGAGCAAGAAAAAGUACAAAUGAAAGAAGAAUCUGAAAUUGCAGUGGAGCUGCUUCAGACACAAUUAAAGGAGCUAAAUGAGAAAAUGGCAGCUAUGUGUGUUGACCAAGAGGCACGUACAGCCAAGGAACAGAGCCUGCGUGGUCAAGUAGAUUCUCUCGAACGUGAGAAGGCUCAGUUGCUACAAAGCCUUGAAGAGGCCAAAAAUAAUUACAUUAGAUUGCAGUCUUCCGUGGAUGACCUCGUUCAAGAAAUAGAAGAUGGCAGAUGGAAACUAGAGAAGAAGCAUGAAGAAAUCAGUACACUGAAAAGUCAAGUUCAAGACCAGGAACUGCUCGCCUCUAAGCUGUCCCAGGUGGAAGGAGAGCGGCAGCUUUGGGAGAAGCAAAAAACAGAACUGGGAAAUCUGAUAAUGGAGUUGGAGCAGAAGGUCCAAGUGCUGCAAUCCAAAAAUGCCAGUCUGCAGGACAUAUUAGAGGGGCUGCAGAAUUCUUACAAGGAUCUUGAGAAAGAGCUCGAGGCAACAAAAAUGGAAAAGAUAUCCUUUGUUGAAAAGGUAAACACAAUGACCAUGAAGGGCGCGGAGCUGCAGAGAGAAAUGGAUGAGAUAGUACAGAAAACAGCAGCAUCCAAAGAAGAAUCUGACCGAGAGAAAGAUAGGCUCGCCGGAGAGUUAAAAUCAGCGUCGGAAGAAAUAGAGAGCAGCAAAGUUCAACUGAAAGAGCUCAUGCUGGAAAACAGUGAAUUGAAGAAGAGUUUGGAUUGCGCACACAAAGACCAGGAGGAAAAGGAGGAGAAAGCGAGAGAAGAAAUAGCUGAAUAUCAGCUGCGGCUUCAGGAGGCCGAAAAGAAAUACCAGUCUUUGCUUCUUGAUGUGAACAAACAGUAUGAAAUGGAAAUCCAGACUUAUCGCGAGAAAUUGACUUCUAAAGAAGAAUGUCUCAGCUCACAGAAAUCGGAGAUGGACCUCUUAAAGUCCAGUAAAGAGGAACUCAAUAAUGCUUUAAAAGCUACCAAUCAGAUUGUAGAAGAAUUGAAGAAAACCAAGAUGGACAACCUGAAACAUAUAAAUCAGUUAAAGAAGGCAAACGAACAUGCCCAGGGGAAAAUAAAGUUGUUGAUGAAAUCCUGUAAACAGCUGGAAGGGGAAAAGGAAAUGUUGCAGAAGGAGCUGUCUCAGCUUGAAGCUGCCCAGGCAAAGCAGAACGCAGGUACAGUCGUGGAUGCUAACGUAGAUGAACUAAUGACUGAGAUGAAGGAACUGAGGGAAACUCUUGAAGAGAAGACCAAGGAGGCAGAGGAAUACCUGGAUAAGUACUGUUCCCUGCUCAUAAGCCACGAGAAUUUAGAGAAAGCUAAGGAGAUAUUAGAAACACAAGUUGCUCGUCUUUCUCAACAGUCUAAAUGUAAUCUCCAAAGUUCUCCUUUGCUAAAUUCAAUUGUUCCAGAACCAUCUCCAGCCCUGUCUGUUACUGAAAGGAAGUUAUCCAGCGGCCACAAUAGGGCUUCAGCCAAGAGGCAGAGGUCGAGUGGAAUUUGGGAGAGUGGUGGGGGAUCAGCACCUUCCACACCAGAGACUUUUUCUAAAAAGAGUAGGAAAGCCUCCAGAAGCGGUGUUCACUCUGCAGGGGACAUGGAAGACAUUGACUUUGAGCCAGAGGGGCUUCCAGAAGUUGUCAAGAAAGGUUUUGCCGACAUCCCAACCGGAAAGCCCAGCCCGUACGUGCUGCGGAGGACAACGAUGACCGCCAGGACCAGCCCUCGCCUGGCCGCACAGAAGUCAGCACCAUCCCCCCUCAGCCUCCACAAAGAAAAUCUGGCUGAGACCUGCAAACCAACAGCUGGUGGCAGCAGAUCACACAAGGUCAAGGUCGCUCAGCGGAGCCCAGCGGACUCGGGUGCUGCCGUCCGAGAACCCAGCCUGAGGUCUGUCUCCGGCAGUACCCUUCCUGAGAGACGCUCGGCUGACAGCCCCCGAGAGGGCCUGAGGGCCAAGCGAGGCCACCGUGUCCCCAGCCCAGGAGCCGGACCUGACCUCAAGAGCAGCGAGAACUGUAGGGUCCAGUAGAAGAGACCCUAGCUGUGUGGGAAAGGGCAGUGUGGAUUGGAGAGGCGUGUCCCUGCUGGACUUUUCCUUAGUCAGGAGCACUUGUUCUGUGGGAAGACAACGACAACUCCUUAGAGGUCUAGACAGAGCGGACGCUCCCCGCCCCCCUGUGUAAACGUUGGACACGUUUGGAAGGACUGGCUGCCUGUUCCUCACUGACGUUCCUCUAACUUUUUGGGAAAAUGUUACGGCUAAGUGACAAGUACCAUACAACAGCUUCUGUUUGCAGAUUUUACUCUAAAAAAUGAAGAAACACAUUUAAUACUUUCAACUAACAGCUUCUAGGAGAAGGUGACCUUUGCUUUGUGAUAUUUCCUAUGUCUAGCGUUAGGGAUGAAGUAGUUUUCGAUCAAGAAUAUCUUUGAGCUGAGUGAGAUGAGAGAAUCCCACGUUUUUAAGGAAAACGUGUAGAUGUACAUAUGGGGGUGUAUAUGUGUGCAUCCUUCUCUCCCAGUGUGUGUAUACACCUUUGCCUAGAUGAGCUGUGCAUAUUUGUGUGUUGGCGCCGUGGGGAGGUGCGCGUUUAUUUCCAGUUAGCCUGGCUGCAGGCUCCUUAGGGGUGUAGGGUAUCAAGUUUCCUGUCAAUUGUGCUCUUGGUUUUUUUUCUUCUUUUAAAGACUACUUUGUUGCAGUUUUUUGGUAUACAUUUUCCUAUCUAGUGGUUUUGUAUUAAAAUAUGGCUUUUCUUUUCUUCUCUUUUAAAAAAAGAAAGUUACCUUUGUUUUU